AGACGCUGAAAGCCAGGAUGCGAACAUUGAAGUUGAUGAGGAAGGAUACAGAAUACGUCGUGACAAUCCUUUGGAGAAUAACGGGGACAAAAAUAGCUGGUACUCAAGUGACAGUGACUCAGACUCGGAUGGUGAAGAGAGCAGACGGAAGAUCAUUGUUGCCAUCAGACCCCUCAGCCCCACAAGUGCCACCCCAGUUGGCACAAUUGAGGACCUUAGAGCCUCCGUGGAAGGCCUGCGCCUGUCCCCUUCAAUAAUGAAAAAAAGAAGCCAAACACCGGUGGACAAAAAGAUGAAGAGGUCCCAGUCAGAGUCCGACACUUUAGACAAACCAGAUAAGGACUUGCUGAACUUAGACUUUAUAGGAUCCAGUUCAGCUGCCUCAACACCUACCUGUGCCAACUACAACAUUUCCCUACCCUCCCCACAGUCGGCUCACACAGAAAUCAACUGGGCAAAUGACACUAGCAGGAUUGCUGCAGCAACAACAUCAA